CUCUGAGUGGAAACCUCAUGUGUCUGUGGGACGCCAGGAGGAACAGCCCUGUUUCUCCACACUGAGAGAAGACUUUUAGGUGGACUGAGUGGAAAGAAGCUGGAAGAGGACUUGGACUUGGAGUAAAUGAUCUAUGGGAAAGCAAAAACUUGAGCAUUACUAAGGAUCUUUGUUGUCAUUUGAUGUCACCACCUCAAAUCUUGCUGCUUCAGUCUUGCCAAGAGUACCAGCCCUGUUUCUUUACCCUGGGAGUGGAUGUCAACUGAGGGAGACAGAAGCUGAAAAUGACAUCACUGUUGGAGUAAACUAUCAAGAGGAAAACGGAACCCAAACUCAAACAACCCGGAUCGUUUUAAAGGAUAUACUCUGUGAUUCUAUCCCACCUUAAACCUGGCUACGCCAUGCUGGCCCAGAGGAACGGGCUUCCUCCGGGCUGUAAGCCGGUUCCUCUGAAGGACCACCCGGACCUGCGGGAUGUGGAUGUGACCGCAGAAGGGUGCUGCUCCCUCUCUCCUUCCCCAUCAUCCGGUGGUUGUCCCUGGGCUCGGCUCGCCGGGGUGGACGGCUGCUUGUCGGAGCCAUACUGCCUCUGGUUCCAGCUUUUGGCACGGGCGUACUGGGGAGAGGUUGAGCUUGGGCUCACAAGCCCGAACCGGAGCAUCUCCUGGGCUCGGCUCAGGGAAGCCUCCAGGAGGAAUUGUGUCCGAUCUCGGGCCAAGCAGAAGGAUGGGCCCGAUCAGAGCGAGACCACCGUCUCUCCCGGGCCAGAGGACGAGCCUUUUUCAUGGCCGGGGCCCAAAACGCUUCACCUGCGGCGAACCUCGCAGGGCUUUGGCUUCACACUGCGACACUUUAUCGUCUACCCGCCUGAGUCUGCCGUCCACAACUCUCUGAAGGAUGAAGACAACGGCAGCCGAGGGAGACAGAGGAACCGUCUGGAGCCAAUGGACACCAUUUUCGUCAAGCAAGUGAAGGAGGGAGGCCCCGCCCACGGAGCUGGACUCUGUACAGGGGACCGGAUAGUGAAGGUGAAUGGAGAGAGCAUCAUCGGGAAGACCUACUCGCAAGUCAUAGCCUUGAUCCAGAACAGCGAUGCCUCACUGGAACUCUGUGUGAUGCCAAAGGAUGAGGACAUUCUGCAGCUGGCGUAUUCCCAAGAUGCAUACCUCAAAGGAAAUGAGGCAUACAGCGGAAAUGCCCAGAACAUCCCCGAGCCCCCUCCCAUAUGCUACCCUCGCAUAGAAGUGAAGGCUGCGGGCAUGGCUCAGGCACCGGAGCCUGCCACAGUCGGCGAGACCCCCCGAGGGCCAGGGGCUCAGGGGCCAGGAAGACGAGGAGGGGCCGCAGAAAAGAGCUACCGGGUGGAAAUCCCUGUUCUGCCGUCUCCUCCGCCCCAGCAGACGUCAAAGUCUCAGACGGUGGUGUGUGUCUGCAACGAGAACGUGAGGACGGUGGCCAUGCCUCCUGAUUCAGUAGACAGGGGGUCCCGGAUGGCUCGGGCCGGUCCCAGCCACAGAACAGAGGAAAACCGGUACAGUUCUUCAGCUGAUUCAGCAUCAGCACGACCCAGGCCACUCAUUCCCUCAGUACCUGGGGGCGCACAGCUGCAGUUCCCCUCUUCCCACUCUCCAGAAACUCCAGUCUACUCGCCUUCCUCAAGUUCUAGACCUGGCCCAGCCUAUCCAGACAUCCUGUCUCCAACUGUACGGGCGCCUCUCAACCCUGCCUCACCAGACGCAUUCUCCACCACCGUCUCACCAAGCUCCAACCACUACUCACCCUCUCCAACAGCACCCUCCACGUCCCCACACCAGAACAUCGACUGGAAGAACUACACCACCUAUAAGGACUAUAUAGACUCCAAGAGGCUGCACACAUACGGCUGCCGCACUAUUCAGGAGCGCUUGGACAGCUUGCGUGCGGCUUCCAAUUCCACCUCAGCAUACGCCCAGCAACGUCAACCCCCUCCUCUAAGCACUAGUCCAAGAGGGGCUCUGGGCUUCCAGGGCAGGCGGAGAAGCACCUCCAAUGACAGCAGGGCGGAUGCAAGUACCCCGGGUUCUGUGUUGACUCCAUUACGUAGCAUCUCCCAGGAAAGGCUUGGAGGUGGUUCAGAGAGGGCGCUGUCCAUCAGGAAUUGGCCUCGGAGUGCGUCUGAGGACGCUCUGCCUUUCUCAAGUCCCACUGGAGUCCCCAAAAUCCGGGCCCGGUCUUGUGACUACCUGGGGCAUCAUCCUGGAGAGCCAGGUGGAGGCAUCUUUGGUGAUCGGGCGGGGUUGGAGGACAGGCUGUUGCUUUGCCGAGGCGAUGAAGCCAGAGCUAGCAGACCGGGAGCAGGGCUGAGAGCUUUACCUCUGCUGAACAGGAGUCUCACUGGAAAGGACGGAGAGGGUCUAAGAAGUGGAUUAUCGAACUCAUCUGUAUCUGCUCCUGUGUUUACUAAAGGUACGAUAGAUUCUGUCCUACCAUCCAGGCCAGACAGCGUCAUUUUAAGACCGUCACGUCUGCCUGUCAAAAACUCUCUCUCAGAUCUCUCGCCUGCCUUAUCCUCCACCAAAACCAAGGACCCUCUUAAAGACCAAAGAGCUAACAUCAUGGGCAACCACCUGGGCUACUCCUCCCCCCUGCACCUUCAGCUCAGAGGCCGGGCCGACAGUCUAAAGAUGGAGAGCAAGCCCGAGGCUGGGUUGGCAGUCAGGUCCUCCUCCUGCUCUGGUCCCUCUUCUAAACUGCCCAUUCAGAGACAGCUAGCUUCUGGUUCCGAAGCCGUGACCCAAAAGCCCAAAGCGAACGCCCCCGUGCGGAUUAACGGCGGUCUCUCAGAGGGCGUAGAAGGACUGGACGCCACAGUAGUCGUCUUAAGAAGAGACAAAAACUCUGGAACUCCUCACAUUCGCCCUCCGUCAUAUGUGCUAGCUGUUAAUGACAACCAGAGAGGAGUGAGUCACAAGUCUCCCCCGUUGGUGAAGGCCGGCUCUGCAGACGCGGCUAUAUGCUGGAUGUCUAACGACAGCUGCAGGGACCUCCAGCUGAGGCGGCACGGAGACGGAAGUCGACACAAGUCUGGCUCCAACAACCUUGACGACUCCCUGGAUUCAAUCCCCUUCAUAGAUGAACCAUCCAGUCCCAGCACCUGUGACCCGGACAGUACACACCUCCCUGCGUGUACCAUUAUGUCCGGAGCGCCUAUCAUCACCACCAUCCCACCUAGCCCAACCUCGCCGUCACCUUUCAUGCGACGCCAGCUGUCACAUGACCAAGAUUCUCUCCGUCUCACAAUUAUCGAGUCUGAUUCUGGUACGAAAUCAGAGCGGUCCAAAUCGUACGAUGAAGGCCUGGAUAACUAUCGAGAAGAAAGCAGAGGGAGGUCCUUAAUACCUGGUCUGAAAAGUCUCAGGAAGGCAGUGGACCGGUCAUCCGAAGACUCAGGGUCCAGGAGGGAUUCUUCGUCGGACGUCUUCUGCGACGCCACCAAGGAGGGUUUGCUUCAUUUCAAGCAGCUGAAUACAGACAAGGGCAAGCGCGUCGGAGGAGGGAUGCGUCCAUGGAAGCAGAUGUACGCGGUGUUGAGAGGCCAUUACCUCUACCUGUAUAAAGACAGAAAGGAGGGUCAGGCUCACGCAAACUGCCAAGCCGUGGACGAACCUCUGCCCAUCAGCAUCAAGGCCUGUCUGAUCGACAUCUCGUACAGCGACACGAAGAGGAAGAACGUGCUGCGGCUGACCACAUCAGACUGCGAGUACCUGUUCCAAGCAGAGGAUCGGGAAGACAUGCUGGCCUGGAUCAGAGUCAUACAGGAGAACAGCCUGGAUGAGGAGAACGCGGCCUUCACCAGCCAUGACCUCAUCAGCAGGAAGAUCAAGGAGUACAACACCUUGAUGAGCCCGACGGGGAGCAAGACGGAGCCGUCGCCUAAGCCUUCACGUCAGUCUUUGAGCAUCCGACAGACGCUGCUGGGAGGGAAAGAGGGCAAAGCAACAAGUCCACACUCACCCAAAGGACCUGAGCAGGAUAGGAAGAACAUGCACAAAGAUGACACCAGCCCUCCCAAGGAUAAAGGGACGUGGAGGAAGGGCAUCCCCGGGCUGAUGAGGAAGCCCUUCGAGAAGAAACCGUCUCCUGGAGUCACAUUUGGAGUCAGGCUGGAUGACUGUCCUCCUGCACUGACAAACAAGUUUGUGCCUCUGAUUGUGGAGGUGUGCUGUAAGCUGGUGGAGGACAGGGGGCUGGAGUACACAGGCAUCUACAGGGUCCCAGGAAACAACGCUGCCAUCUCCAACAUGCAGGAGGAGCUCAAUAACAAGGGCAUGAAUGAUAUCGACGUCCAGGACGAUAAAUGGAAGGACCUCAAUGUGAUCAGCAGUCUACUCAAGUCCUUCUUCCGAAAGCUUCCAGAGCCGUUGUUCACCAAUGAUAGGUACGCAGAUUUCAUUGAUGCCAACAGAACAGAGGACCCAGUGGAGAGACUCAAAGUGAUCAAGAGGCUGCUUCACGAGUUGCCCGAUCAUCACUAUGAGACCCUCAAGUUCCUUUCAUGCCACCUGAAAACUGUGGCUGAAAACUCAGAGAAGAACAAGAUGGAGCCGAGGAACUUAGCCAUCGUGUUCGGUCCCACACUGGUACGAACCACCGAGGACAACAUGACGCACAUGGUGACACACAUGCCUGACCAGUACAGGAUAGUGGAGACCCUCAUCCAAAAUUACGACUGGUUCUUCACUGAAGACGGAGAAAGAGAUCCAGUGACUGUGUCUCAGGAGGAGAGCGCAGUGGAGUCUCAGCCCAUCCCAAACAUCGACCACCUGCUCACCAACAUCGGCCGUACGGGCACGUCGCAGGGUGAAGUAUCAGAUUCACCGACUAGUGACUCAGCUAAAUCAAAGGGUUCCUGGGGCUCAGGGAAGGACCAAUGCAGCCGCGACCUCCUGGUCUCCUCCAUCUUUGCUGCAGCCAGCCGCAAAAGAAAGAAGUCAAAGGAGAAGCCGCAGCCUAGCAGCUCAGACGACGAUCUGGACUCCGUGUUCCUCAAGAAGGAGAUCCCGGGCCUGAAGCCGAACCACCACGUGCUCCUGAUCGAGGCGCCGAGCGCGAGUCGAACGAGCCCCAACGCAAAACCCAACGGCAAGCAGCCGGUACGAACAGAAGAGAGGAAAGAGAACGGAAGAACUGUGGAGCUCACGCCUAAAUCCAAAAAAGAGUAUAGGAACUCUGUAUUCAUGAAGGAUAAAACUCCACCCAUACAUCCUUCGCCUUCGCCGUCCCCGUCUCCUCACAUCACCAGCUACCAAGCGGCUCCUCAGGGAAAGUCCUCAUUGUCGGAUCCUCCGUCUCUGCUGGAUGAAAACACCUCUGACCUCGGCACCAUGAGCUCUGGAGCAUCUGUCCCGAGGUCAAGACCGAAGAAGUGGACAGCAGGAACGUCUAUUGAUCUUCCUGUGGGAGUAAACAUCGGACUGGGGCCAGGUCCAGGUCCAAGUCCAGGUCCAGGGGCGUCUGCAGGCGCGGAGGUGAGCUCCAUCACCUCAGAUUACUCCACAACUUCCUCCAUCACUUUCCUGACUGGAGCAGAGUCCAGCGCUCUCAGUCCAGAGCUGCAGGGCGGGGAGGAGGCGGACGACGAACGUAGCGAGCUCAUAAGCGAGGGGCGACCCAUGGAGACGGACAGUGAAAGUGACUUCCCAGUUUUUGCACCGGGUGGAGGAAGCAGCCAGUCUACACCCUGUCCCGAGCAGAGUCUGGAAAAGGCCGACGCAAGAGGAGCAGCUGAGGGGAGCACCACACCAAAAAUGGAAGCACGGCGCCUUUUCCCGUCGCACAGGAUGAUCGAGUGUGACACGCUCUCCAGACGCUGGUCACUGAGGCAGAAAACAGACAGCGAGUCAUCGGUGGAGGGUGUGGCCGGGACUGCUGAGCGCACUGAGGGGAGAGCAGAGUCUUCCACGAGGCUUUCUAGAGUCUUGGAGGUGAUGAAGAAAGGCCGGUCCACAAGUAGCCUCAGCUCGUCCUCACGCAGCGAGUCAGAGCGCCCUGAGCCGGCCUGGCACCUUAAGAUCACCGAGAGGCUCAAGUUCAGGAUCCGAACGUCUGCUGAUGACAUGUUCACGCAGAAAAACCGGACCCCAGAGGCUCGGGGGAAGAAGAAAAGCAUCCGACGCCGGCACACCAUGGGCGGGCAGAGAGACUUCGCAGAGCUGGCGGUCAUCAACGACUGGAGGGAGCAAGGCGGCGUGGACCAGGCGGCCGAACUCUCAGCCAUGGACCGCCUCAAGCCCAGAUGCUCCUCUCAGGACUUCUCCAUCAGAGACUGGAUCUCUCGAGAGCGCCACAGAGGCUCCGAUUCUAGCGGCGAGGUCGCACCCAGAGCCGUCCCCGAGGACGAUCAACACGAGAAGCAGGACGGAGCUCCAGAGAGACCUACUCCUCCCUCCUCUGCGUCUCCUGGCGCUCAGCCGUCGGCGGGCGAGCACGUUAACGGCAAAAACAAAGCCAGCCUGGCGACGGACGCUCACCCUCACAAACUGUCUGGAGCUCAGGUGGUGCGUUCACGGUUCUACCAGUAUCUGUGAAAGUGAAACAGGUUCGUCUGAUGAAUGAAUGAAUGCGUCAAAUGUGCGAAUGUGUGUAUUUUAGCGGAGGUUACUGCACAAUAUUUUUUCUACAAAUAUACUUUAUGUAUCUACUGUACAUACUGUGUAUAGGCUUAUUGUUACUGGAAUGAUGCUAUAGAGAUGUUUAUGUGUAAUUCCUCUGACUUGUCGGCCAUACUGGAACAGACUUGGAAAAAACACUCAAGACUUCCUCCUGCGAAAAGCGAGACUCUGCUGAUGAUUCAAGGACAUGUUGGUGGACGUUUGACUUCAAUACGCAGGAGGAUUUUUAAUUUUUUAAGGAAUCAUGGAUCAGUUCUUCCUAUUAAAGCGGUAUGAAGAAUGUAUUACUCUCUUUGGACUAACACUAGACGCUCAUGACAACAUGUAUGUUUUGAUUUGCCUGUACUUGAAGUAUGUGGAUGUAACUGAGGGCUGCUUUCUGAGCUGCGUGCUGUGGGACGGUUAUGUUUUCCACAGCACACUCACACCAGCCAGAUAUUAGCUUGAAGGACCCGAGGAUUAUUAUUAUUAUUAUUAUAGUUUUAUCAAAUAAAGACUGAAAACAGUAAUGAAAUGCUGAUACUAUAGUAUGUAAUGCUUGGUACAGUAGUUUUUAUUUCCAAACUUUGUCCAGUAAAAGUCCAAAAAUAAGUUUUUACAUGUGUGUGAAUUGUUUUUAUCUCAAAAGUGCCUCUUUUUGUUCUUUGUUUAAGCUGUUUCUACCCACAGUUUUUCAAGAAUUUUAAACAUUAUAAAGGCGAGCAAAAACCUCACAGGCAUUCCAGAGAUUUUCCUAUUUUGUUGUUUUUUAGUUGAACUCACAGCUACAUCAGAGCGUCAAAAAUGUAUGUCCAUGUUUUAUUGUAGUUUGACUUUCCCCCUCUUUGUAUUUUUCCAAGUGCAGUAAAAUGCAUGGGCGCUUAAAAGACAUGGGAGAAACAAUAACAGACUUUGAAAUCUGCAUGAGACAAUGUUUUCUGAAACAUCUCGCCUGUGUACAGCAGAACAUGGGCACAACGCCCUCCCUCAACAAACACUGGAAAUAAAUAAUCUUUAUUAGA